AGCACUAGCCAAAUAUCUUACAAGCCUUCAUUUGCAUCAUUCUUCUCACCUGAUUAUUGCUGUAUAUACCCCUUCCUCCACUACCACAUAUUAUUAUUCAGCUCCUCAUUUAUUCCUCCUCUACCAAACGUUCAGCAAGACGCCUACUUUAUUCCUUCACCAAUACUGUUUGCUUGGGUUUCUAUUGAAACUUUUGUUUUGGCAGUUCUCUGUUUAGUGCUAAGUACUUUCCACGACACAAUGGCAUUCCCCUCUAAGGAGGAUUCCUCUGCCAAUGAUAAUGCCACCAACGACGUUGAAACAGUCUUAAACGAGCUGCGUGGAGAAGAAAUACAUCAACUGCUGAAAGCAAGGGAAGACAGAUAUGAUGGGGUGGAAGUUGACGUAGAAAAUAUGCAUAACGACGUUCGUCGUUUCGCAUCUUCACUAAAGGCUUCACUUACUCAUUGGGCAGGUCAGGGAAAGAAGGGGGUGUGGAUCAAAGUAGCCAAGGAACAGGCCAAACUAGUUCCGGUUGCGAUUGAGGAAGGGUUUUUGUAUCACCAUGCAGAACCAUCAUAUGUGAUGUUAGUGCUUUGGAUCCCUAAAACUCCUUGUACUAUCCCUGAUAAUGCUUCACAUCAAGUGGGAAUUGCAGCUUUUGUAUACAACAGCAAAGGAGAGGUUCUCGUAGUUCAGGAAAAGUGUGGACCUUGCAAAGAUUCAGGACUGUGGAAAAUGCCCACAGGCAGGAUUAAACAGGGGGAAGGCAUUAAAGAAGGAGCUAUAAGAGAAGUUAGGGAAGAAACAGGGAUUGAUACAGAAUUUAUACAAUUGGUCGGGUUCAGGGAUGGUCACAAUGCUCCUUUUGGAAAAUCUGAUCUACUUUUCGUGUGUAUGUUGAAACCAAUUUCUUUUGACAUUGUUAUACAAGAUAGAGAACUUUCAGCAUCAAAGUGGAUGGCAAUAGAUGAAUUUGCAGCUCAGCCAAAAAUGAAGCAAAGCAAACUUCUCAAGGACAUGGCGGGCGUGUGCGUUGCCAAUAUGGAGGGAAGAUGUAGAGGAUUUUCAGCCAUUGAAAUACCAUCGCGCAAACCCUCUACUUUUUAUUGCAAUCCCAUUGAUACUGAAUAAUUUAUUGGGAAAAACAGAUAUAAUGGACGUCAGUCACUCAUCUCGUUUAAUUCAUUUGUUAGCAUAUUUUGUUUCGAGGUAAUAGGAGAAAGGAAUGUGCUGAGGUUAACUUUAUACAACUAAAACGAUGAAUAAGAUCACCUCACCCCAUGUCGGUGAUGGCAUGAUAUGCCGUUUAAUAAAUAUUAGUUUGUUAUUGUUCUCUCCAAGAUUUAAAUUCUUGGGAUGCCCAGCAUUAUAAUAAAUUGUUGAAUAGUGACAUUUUUACAAAGAUGAUUACCAUGCAGUAA